AUGAACUACAAAGUUGUAUUAGGAACUGGGCCCUUUCCUGGAAUCAUAGACCUUUUUGGAGUUGGAGGUAGCUUUCUGGAGUAUCGGGCGAGUCUGAUGGCUGGGAAGGGCUUUGCUGUCAUGGCUCUGGCUUAUUUUAUGUAUGACAACCUCCCCAAGGUUGUAGACAUCCUUCAUCUGAAGUACUUUGAAGAGGCUGUGAAUUGCCUCCUCUGGCACCCUCAGGUCAAAGGUCCAGGAAUUGGCCUGCUGGGGACUUCCAAAGGGGCAGAACUCUGUCUCUCCAUGCCCUCUUUCCUGAAAGGCAUCACAGCCGCUGUCAUAAUCAAUGGUGCUAUGGUAAAUAUUGCUGGAACAUUAUACUACAAGGAAGAGAGUCUGCUUGCUUCAGGCAUGAACCUAGAACGAGUCAGGGUCAGGAUGACCACAACUGGAAGAGUGAGUUCUAUGCCAGAGAGGCCUCCCGGCGCUUGCAGGCCCAUGGGAAGGAAAAGCCCCAGAUCAUCUGCUACCCCAAAACAGGGCACAACAUUGAACCACCUUACUUCCCUUGAUCCAAGGCUGCCCCCACUCCUAUUUUGA